CAUUAAUAUCGAAAAAUCGAAGCCGCUUACAUAUUUGUCAAAUAAAUAUGCAGUUUUCUUUUACAUUGUUUUUCGUAAACAAUUGGCAUAAUUACAAACAAUAAAUCCCAAACUUAUUAUUCGUACUCGUACUCGUUUAUGGUGGACAGCAGCAAAUGACAAUGGACAAAAUAAAUAGUGAUAUAUUAAAAGUUAUAAAUUCUUUGGAAAGCUCUAAAAAACAAUGUCUCCAUUGUAAGGAUGGCAUUGCAGCUAUAACAAGUACUAUUCGCAAUACUCUGUUGGAAAUUAAUGACAUUCAGGAGCGAAAUCAGGAACGUCGCCAUGGAGAGCUUGUGGCUUUAUUUGAAAAGUAUUUCAAAAAUGAUCAGAUUAAAGCUUUUGUAACAUCAGCAAAUGUAAGCUUCGAAAAUUCAGAAGAUUCUUCCAAUUCGUUAGACAGCAAACAUUUCGUAAAAGAUGUGAAACAGCUACAAGUUGAAAAGCAURCUGAAAAAAUUGCUGUUUCGAAGACACAGGAAACAAAGCAAUCCGUGAAAGUACGAAAGCGUCGUGUAAGUUUAACAGAAAACAUUAUACAACCAAUACCUUCAAAAAAUUCCACGGGGGAAAUCAACAGUUUAAAAGUAGAGCCCAUAUCAUGUACUAGUCCAACAGAAAAGGUAAAUGUGAAAGCAAAUCAAAGAGAUGAACUUAUUGCAAUGCGUGAAAAAAUGCUUGUCAUUCAGCGCCGAAAAAUGGAGGAUCGAGAACGUAGAAAACGGGACAAUAGUGCUAUGUAGAGCAUUAAAUCAACGUUAUAUUUUCUAUAUUUAUAUUUAUAAAUAAAGGUACAAAUAUAUUAUUUUAUUAAAUUAAUUUUAACUUUUAAAACAUUGUUACCCGUAUAACGAUCUUCUGAAAUUGACCGACCACGAAAAUUAGAUUAGUUUGGGGAGUUCGUGAAUGUUGUUCAGUUUUUACUUAAUCUCGACAGUAACUUAGCUGCCAAAAUAAAAAAUGCUUAAUUUGUACUACUAUUGUAGACAUAUAUACUAAUAACUAUAUUUCUGUUGCAAAUACAUUGGAAAACUUUUUACAUAUGUAUUAAACAGCUGAACUGUAAAUAAUUAACAAAACCAUAAUUAAUAAAACCUGCUGUAACCGGAAAGGCUAAUUUAUAAUA